UCUCUCUCACCAGCUCUCACACUCGCCCUUUCCCACCCCCGUGCCGCCGCCACAACACCGGCCGCCGCCAGAACACCAGCCACCUGCUCCGCCUUGGAUUCGCACCUGGCAUACUUAACAAUGGCUCGCGCGGCGCGAUGAUUGCCACCUGCUCUGACUUGGCUUCGCCUCCUGGCAUUCCUGCACCAUGGCGCGCUCCGCCUCCGCGACGGCCCCCGUCUCCUGCGCCAUUGACCCUGCCAUGGUUCUCUCUCACAAGUUCCCCGAGGUCGCGUACGAGUAUGAUGAGAGGGAUGAAGUGUUGUACGCGCUGGCGAUGGGAGCUUGCAACGCAGAUGCAGCCGAUGAGAAGGAGCUUCAGCUGGUGUACCACAGGGAUGGUCAGUCCUCCAUUAAGGUUUUACCUACUUUUAUUUCUGCACUUAAUGCAAAAACUGGCGAUGGGUUUUACAUGGAUGUCCCUGGCCUUCAGUUGCUAACAAAAUUAAACUAGCUGGUUUGCAUGACCGAGGUAUUCUUGAUUGUUCUGUUUCUUCUUUGUUCUUUCUAUAUCCAUGGUAAAAUGUGUGGCCAAGGUUGAAAUACUUAGGAUGAGGUAGAGCACAACAACAUCUCAAUAAGUAUACAUUAUACAAUAUUAUUCCAAAGUGUAUAAACAUUUUGAAAUAAUAUGGUCCAUUGGUCAUAUACAUGCAAAUUCUGUUAGCACUUAAUUUAGAUCUCAAUCCUCUUUUAUGUCCAAUGUAAACUGUAACACUGGUACACUUAAUUCUAGUCCUAUGGCAUAUUUAUCAUUUCUCUGCUGGAAUCUAACAUGCUUUUUUUUCUCUUCUAAUCUAGUCUACAUGCAUCAGACUCCAUCAAUUGUUUGUAACAGUUCAGAUAUUAGAUGGGGGAGAAGCUACAUUUAAACUCCUAUGGCCACGCUGAUUCCUUCCACAGAACGAGCAUAACCAUUCUCCAUUAAACUAUCACUGUCAGUUCUGCAACAUAACAGAGAGUUGCUAGUUCUGUAAUAGUGAGCAUCAGCUUCGCUGCAAUAGCCAGAGCACGAAUGAUCCACCAUAACUAGAGCUAUGUCAUUCACAUAUAUUCUCUGUAUAGCUUCAUUAAAUGAAGGAUAAUACUUGACUGCAAACUCACAUCCAGCAGCCUUUACAAUUGCUAUAGCAACUGAAAGUUUAGUAGUAGAUAAUGAAGCUAGAGGAUGGCACCUCUGGACUUGUGUCAUGGUUGAUAUUCCUCCUCCCUGACUAAACCCCUUCAGAUAUACAAUUUUCCUGACUGUGUGUGGCAGUAAGCCUUUAUGCACACUCUGGUUAGGUGACUCCUCAUCCCAUUGAACUUCAUCAUCGAUCAGCUCAACCUACAGCACCUCAUCCAUAGCCCCUUCUUUAGAUUCAGCAAGGUAAUCUUCCACCUCUUUCCCCCCCUUCUGUCCUGACCUAGCUGCUGCUUUUGUACAUCUCGAUUUGGGCCGUGUAGUGGGCUGCGAUGGCACCACUUCAGACAAGUGGGUCGGAUGUUACAGUGCAUAACAGUAUAUGAACACAAUAAACUGAAAUCUCCUCCACUGUCUCCUGCUGGAAUCUCCAUCACUCAUGUGCAUAACAGUAUAUGAACGCAAUAAACAGUCUCCUGCUAGAAUCUCCUCCACAACCAGCUUCUCCUCCACAACCAGCUUAUUAUAUGAACAAGCUAGAUAGAUUGCACAGAAAGUGUAAUAGAAAAAACCACCAUAACUCGUCAUAAAUUGCAACAGGCCAGUGAACAAUGAAAGGUGCAUGUUCAUGUGAAAGAGAGAGCAAAACAUUACUAACUGAAUAUUGAACACAUAUAUGGUUGUGAAAUGCAUUGUUUUAAGCCAAUUUUACUGUAGAAAGGGUACAUAAAUAAUCUUUUAAUAAGAAUAUAGAAUUCUAUGCACUUUAUAUACAAGUGAUUUAACUGUAAGAUAAUAUAUCUUUGAGGCCAUUAGGUAAUAAUCUUACUGGCGGGGCUUCUGCUUGCAGCAGCUCUAAUCUUGAGCCAACACCCAAUCAAAGCCCUACUAUGCACUUGGCAGAGUAGGAGCAAAGCAUGGCUUGCAUGAA